AUGUCUGCAAUCUCAAAAUUUCCAGAGAACCCAACUCCUCGGUCUCUUUCAACUCCAACUACAACUCUAGCCCUCACUCCAAAAUGGCCUACGAACAUCAAGCAGAUGAUUUCAAUGGAGCUAAGGACACAGGGGAGGAUCUGUGUCCCAUUAGUAGCCAUGAAUUUGACCUGGUUUGCAAAGUUAUCAAUCACUAUGGCAUUUCUUGGUCGGCUUGGUGAUCUCCAACUAGCAGGAGGUGCACUUGGUCUCACCUUCGCCAAUGUCACUGGGUUCUCUGUUUUGAAUGGACUCUGUGGUGCCAUGGAACCUAUCUGUGGGCAGGCUUAUGGAGCAAAAAACUAUAAUCUCCUCCAUAAGACACUAGUCAUGGCAACCUUUCUCCUAAUACUAACUACAAUCCCUGUUGCUUUCUUAUGGCUCAACGUUGACAAGAUACUAAUCCACUUCGGCCAACAACCAGAUAUUUCAAUUGUUGCAAAGAAAUAUCUUUUGUAUCUUCUUCCUGACUUAGUGAUUACUUCAUUCCUUUGUCCUCUCAAGGCCUACUUAACCUCCCAAAGCAUAACAGUCCCCAUAAUGUUCAGCUCGGCUUUUGCACUAGCCCUUCAUAUCCCUACCAGUAUCUUACUUUCAAGAUCAAAAGGCAUCGAGGGAGUUUCUAUGGCUGUCUGGUUGACUGAUCUUCUUGUUGUCAUUAUGCUUGGAUUGUAUGUGUUGGUGAUGGAAAGGAGAAAAAGGGACAAGUGGGGUUGGUGGGAUCAUAGAUUGGUAGACUGGAUACAGUUACUGAGGCUAUGUGGUCCAUGUUGCCUCACCACCUGCCUUGAGUGGUGGUGCUAUGAGAUAUUGGUUCUGCUCACGGGGCACUUACCAGAUGCAAAACAGGCUGUGGCAGUGGUAGCACUGGUGCUCAACUUUGAUUUCUUGCUCUUCUCUGUCAUGCUCUCGUUAGCCACUUGUGCGUCCACGCGUGUAUCAAAUGAGCUAGGGGCAAACAGAGCAAGCCCUGCCUACAAAUCUGCAUAUGUAUCCUUAGCAGUGAGCAUUGUAUCAGGUUGCAUUGGUGCUUCUGUAACGGUAGCAGCCAGAGGCCCCUGGGGAUCUUUGUUUAGCCACGAUAAAGGAAUCCUGAAAGGUAUCAAGAAGAUGAUGUUACUAAUGGCUCUGUUGGAACUUGUAAACUUCCCAUUAGCAGUUUGUGGAGGAAUAGUUCGUGGAACAGCUAGGCCAUGGCUAGGUAUCUAUGCGAACCUUUGUGGCUUUUACCUGCUGGCCUUGCCUUUGGGAAUUGUACUGGCGUUCAGGAUAAGGCUUGGGCUUGCUGGACUGUUGUUGGGGUUCUUGGCUGGCGUGACUCUCUGCUUGUUUUUGUUGUUAAUUUUCAUUCUAAGGAUUGAUUGGGCUAAUGAAGCCAACAAAGUACAAAUAGUACACGCUUGCAGCACCACACCGCAUGAGGUCGGCUAUCCAAUCUCUGUGGGAUUUGUUGAUAGCUCUGGAGUGUGAAUAUAACCAAAACC